CCAAUCCCAAACCUCAACAUUCCAUCAAAAUUUCUUCAACACUUUCUUUCACAAUUCAGAAAAUCAAAUACUUCUACUUUUCCUUUCUUUCGGGUCUUACAAAAUGGAGACAUCAUCAGACUAUGCCCUAUUUCCAUUCAUUGAUAUCAGUAUGAUCUACUUGUUUCUUAGCUUGACAUGUUAUAACACCUUUAAAAGUUCCUUCUCAAGUUAUUUGUCUUUCCCACAAUCCAAACAUGGCAGCUCAAAGGCCUCGUCAAAUUUGGAGAAACCCCAGAAUUUUGAUUCUUCAACCGAAGAAGCUUCUUUUGAAAACAAGGAAGAUUGUGUUGUAGUUUGCAGAGAAGAUGUGGAGAAGGUGAUGGGGAACCUGGGGAUUUUUUGCAGCAAAGAAAGUGAGGAGCUAAACAGAUCAUUUGGUUCUGAUGAGCUUCCCAGGCUGUUUGAAGAAGAAGAGCCGAGCUUGGAAGAGUUGAAGGGAGCUUUUGAUGUGUUUGAUGUGAAUAGAGAUGGGUUUAUUGAUGCACAUGAGUUGCAGAGAGUUGUGUGUGUUUUGGGUUUGAAGGAAGGUUUAAAGAUUGAGAAUUGCAACAAAAUGAUCAAUAAGUUUGAUGUAAAUAGAGAUGGCAGAAUAGAUUUUCAGGAAUUUGUAAAAUUAAUGGAGAUUACUUUUUUCUGAA